CUCUAAUUUACUGUCCCAAGUAUGUCCAGGCUUUUUUGUUUGUCAACAACAACGCGUAGGGUUAUUAGCAAGAGGAAUCUAUUACAGGUGAUGUCUUCUCUCGACGAAGCCUUUCGACGCUUCGAUGAAAUUAGUGUAUUGCUUGGGCAGAUGGCCCCCAAGUCUCGACCAAGUUCAGACAUGGCUGCUUUCCGGCAGCAUGUUGAGAAAGCGAAGCACAUCGUUGUGUUAACUGGUGCUGGUGUUAGUGCUGAAAGUGGAGUGCCGACAUUCCGUGGUGCUGGGGGAUUCUGGAGGACAUACAAAGCUCAGGAUCUGGCUACUCCUGGUGCUUUUGAGGCUAAUCCGUCGUUGGUCUGGGAGUUCUACCACUAUCGUCGUGAAGUGAUGCUCACAAAAGAACCCAACAAGGCUCACUUAGCUAUUGCUGAAUGUGAGAAGAGAUUGGCAGCUCAAAAUCGACGAGUUAUGGUCAUCACGCAAAAUAUUGACGAGCUGCACAUACGGGCAGGAACUAAAAAUAUUUUAGAAAUUCAUGGAAACCUCUUUAAGACUCGGUGUACGAAGUGCGGGGAUGUUUCUGUGAACAAGGACAGUCCUAUUUGUUCUGCCCUGGCUGGCAAAGGUGCACCAGAUCCUGAUGCAAAAGAUGCUAAGAUUCAAGUCCAAGAUCUGCCACGCUGUAAGAAAGAUAAAUGUGGAGGCCUGCUUCGUCCACAUGUUGUAUGGUUCGGUGAAUCACUGGAUAACAACAUACUUCACAAAACUGAUGAAGAGUUGAACAAAUGUGAUCUUCUGCUUGUGAUUGGCACUUCUUCAGUAGUGUACCCAGCUGCAUCCUUCGCACCAAUGGUGGCCUCGCGGGGUGUCCCCGUCGCAGAGUUCAACAUUGAAGAAACACCAACCACAGGAUACAUCCAGUUCCAUUUCUCGGGGCCUGCUGGAGAACACGUCCCUGUAGCCUUAGCCAGACAUGAAUCUGAACCAAAAGUCUAAUUUUAUAGACCACUGUGACUACAUUUCUCGGGGCCUGCUGGAGAACACGUCCCUGUAGCCUUAGCCAGACAUGAAUCUGAACCAAAAGUCUAAUCUUAUAGACCACUUUGAAUUUUAAUUACUGUUUGUACAUGUCUGAUUGGCACUGUUUAGAUACCAACAAAGGGUUGGAGAUAUAAGUGUAGCUGAUAGCUUUAAAAUAUUUGAUACUAUGAUAACACCAGUUCUAACUUAUGGGUCAGAAAUCUGGGGUAUUACUAGAAGCAAGGUAAUAGAAGCCAUUCAGAUUAAAUUUUGUAAACACCUUUUAAAGGUGGGGAAGUCAGUAAAAAAUUAUUUUGUAUUAGGUGAGUGUGGAAGAGCUCCUCUCCAACUUAUUUACAUGACUCGUGCUAUCAAAUACUGGUGUAAAUUAAUACAACUUCCUCUUUUCAGACUGCCCAGACAGAGUUAUGUCAUGCUUAAGUCUCUUGAUGAUGCAGGUCAUACUACUUGGGCGACAGACAUUAAAAAAAUUCAAUUUGCUGUCAUAAAAUUGACUCUGUUUUAUGUGAGCCGAUAACCAGGAUGCAGUUCUGAUGGCUUGUCCACUAAACCACUGAUGCUAGUAUCUUGUGUUAGUUACAAGGUAUGGCAGGACGUAGCCCAGUGGUAAAGCACUUGCUUAAUGCGCAGUCGGUUUAGGAUCGAUCCCUGUCGGUGGGCCCAUUGGGCUAUGUUUCAUUCUAGCCAGUGCAUUAUAUGACUAGUAUUUCA